ACUGCCUGGGAAGGGCAGUAACCAGCUAGUGCCUAUCCAGUGUGACCACCGACGCACGCUGGGUGUUCCGCUCCCCGUCGUACUUCUGGGAGACUGCGAUGUCGGGACCGGAUGGCACUGACCCACCUAGUGACGCCGUAUUUGAAUAUGACGGCUCAGGGGAACUGCUCGUUACGGAGGCGAUGAUAACCAGCUACCGCGUCAAUGGAUACGUGUACAUCAGGAAGCUGCUAUCCAGCGAGGAGAUCGCUCAUCUGAACCAUGCCAUUGACGAGUCUGCGGAGCUGAAGAGACACGCGUUCGGCCGCACGGACGACCAGGGACGCAAGAGUGAGAUCUGCGUCUGGAACCACCCGGGUGAUGACGUUCUGGGCACCGUGUCCAGGACCAGAAAGGUGGCACUCACCGCGCAGCAGCUGAUGGGUGGCGAGGAGGUCUAUCACUACCACGCCAAGCUCAUGAUGAAGAGGGGACGCAUCGGGGGUGCCUUCGUGUGGCACCAGGACUACGGUUACUGGUACAAUAACGGAUGCAUGUUUCCCGACAUGUGUUCUGUGUUUAUGGCCAUCGACGACUGUUCGACGGAAAAUGGAUGCCUGCAGGUGCUGAGGGGCUCCCACCGCGCCGGCCGGAUCGUGCACACCACAGUGGGCGAACAGGCGGCCGCCGACCCGGCCCGUGUCCGGCACCUGAGCCGCGUCUGCCCCCGCGACCUGGUCCAGAUGCGGGCCGGCGACGCGCUGUUCUUCCACUGCAACCUGCUGCACUGCUCGGCCAAUAACGACUCGGACCGGCGCCGGUUCGCGCUGAUUGCGGCGUUCAACCAGCGGGCCAACGAUCCUCUCUGGGAACACCACCAUCCGCGCUACACGCGCCUCGAGAUGGUGCCCAAUGACGCCGUUCUCAAGUGCACCAGACUGAACAGCUCCAGCGACAAAUGGUUUGUCGACCCUGACGCCGACACUUCCUAUGCCAACAACGAAACCGACAGCACCGCAACAGUGGACGGCGCCGCCUAACCGAGACGACUCACGAGAAGCAUAUUACAAAACCUCGGGGAUCUACCCGGCACACCGGACGGUGAAUGUCUAUUGUUGUCACUUUAAGUUUGAAAUAAUGAGGAAAUUUCGAAAAGCCCGAAAAAAUCCACACUUUUGGGGCUUCAAUGUAAUUCCCGAAACUUAAUGCAUUGUAAACGAAUAUUUCAUAAAUGGCAUGCCUUUAAACUUUGAAACGUUUGUUCGGGCCGCCCGGUGUCUUGAAUGAUUAUAUGAUCAAUAAAUGCCGGAGAUAACCAUCAGCCA